AUGGUGAACGAGUGGGACGAGCAGACAAAAUCACGUGUGAGGGCGCUGCGGCUUCGAGGCAAGAGUUUGAGAGAAAUCGUGGCCGAAACUGGAGUCUCAAAGGGAGCCGUGCAGCGGAUCUGCGCAGCUGAAAGCACUGUGGAGCGCGCAGCGAAGAAGCGCCGGGUGGAGGCAGCGGUGGCCAUUUCUAGGAGCUCUUGCAAACGGGCAAAGGCAUCCGGGGACUUGAUGAUUGUUCCAGUCACGGUGGGCGGCGCUGUUGUGAAUCUGCAUGCGAGAAGCGAGACCACAGACUUCAGAUCGGUCCCAGAACUCUUCGAGCGCCAGGUCUACAAGCCCAAAGACACAUUGGCGCGACAGCUUUGCCAGAGCGGCAAGUGGCAGGUGCUGGAUGUGGGCGCCAACAUUGGGUACGCGUCUGUUUGCAUUUGCUUGGGCCUUUUGCGCAAUGCCACAGUUUCCAAGCUGGUGUGCGUGGAGCCUGGGGCCUCGAACGCUGCGGUUCUUCGGCGCAACUUGAGAUCUGCGAAUUUGAAGGCCUUGGUGCUGGAGACUGCAGUGUCUUCCCGCCGGGGUGAGGGCACCUUGUGCCAGUCCAACAAGUACAACUUCUACCGUCAGACGCUGACGCCGGUGACAAAGGCUGCCUCGUCCAGCUCUGUCGAAACUGCCUUGGACAUCCUGAGCAAUGUGUCAGAUGUGGUAGGCAGCCUAUUCAUCAAGUUGGACUGUGAGGGGGGCGAAGCGCAUUUUGCUGCCCGGCUUUGUGGAUGGAUCUCCCGCUUGAAGAAGAUUGACGCAGUCCUGGUCAUGGGAGAGAUCUCGUUCGACAACCUUCGUUUGAGUCACUCUGGAUAUACUGACUUGAAAAGGCAGUUUUCUGAUCUCAACAGCGACGACUGGAUCCUCGCCAGAGCAAUCUGGGGCCGCGCGCCUUUGGGAACCUCAGAAGAAGGCUUCACGCGAAGCCAUUUGCAAGCGAGUGCUGGCAUGGAGUUGCUGUACAUGCGGAAGCAGAGCACUCGUGGUCUCGAUGAUUAG